GUUGCUUCUAUGAAGUUUUUCUGACAGUGACAGUUGGGUUUUCGGUUCUUCUAUUUUUUUAAAUGAAAGUAAAAUAUGAUGAAUGUGGAUGAAUUCACUGCAAACGAGUCAUAUUGCGAUACAAAAUCCAAUGCGAAUAUCGCUUUUUUAGCGAUGCUGGUAUUUUGAGUAGCAAUGUAUGCGCGAUACACAACAUACCGUGAACGCCUUUGCUAUGCCACCAUUGACUAGUUGACGUCACGCAAAAUAAAAAUGUCGGAUUUGUUUGCUAACAUUAAUUGCACAUAUUGUCAAGAAGAAAUAAACGGGUUGCGUGUGCAAUGCUGCGUUUGCAUAGAAUUUGAUAUAUGUUUGCAGUGUUUCGCCAAUGGAGCCGAAAUAGGCCCGCAUCGCAAUGAUCACGCAUAUAAAUUUGUGGACCAUGGAGCCGUUAGUAUAUUUGGAGGCAGAGGUAAUUGGACGGGACGAGAGGAAUUGCAACUGUUGGAUGCUAUGGAACUGUAUGGAUUUGAAAACUGGGACUUAGUCAGUAGGCAUAUUGAAACACGUACUCCUGAAGAAGCAAAAGAUGAAUAUAUCUCUAGAUACCUAGAGGGCAAUAUCGGCAAAGCAACAUGGGCUGAAGUAGCAAAUCGUAGGCCAAUAAUAACUGAUCAGACGCCUGAAGAUCGGGGACCACUAUCGCCAUUAAUAACGGCAAGACUACCACCCUUAGAUGUAACCCCGGAAGAAGCAAGGCAGUUAGGAUACAUGAUGCACAGAGACGACUAUGACAGAGAAUUUGACAUGGCAGCAGAACAAUUAGUAACCUCUCUACAACUAAAUGUACAUGAAGAUAGUAAUACGGAAAUUGCCCUAAAGUUAGCACAGGUGGAUAUGUAUACCAGGCGACUAAGAGAGCGAGCGCGACGAAAACGGGUAGUGCGAGAUUACCAAUUAGUUGCCAAAUUUUUUAGUGGGCAAAGGAAAGAAGUAAAGAAACCUCUGACCAAAGAACAACGAGAACUGCGUGAUAGAAUGAGAGUGUUCAGUCAGUUUUUAACGGCGGGCGAGCACGACCGACUGAUAGCUAGCAUAGAAAGGGAGCGAGAGCUUAGAUUUCGAAUUUCCGAAUUGCUGAGGUAUCGCAGUCUUGGCCUCACAACGCAAGAGGAAGCCAUACACUAUGAACAACACGCUACUUUUCAACGUCAGCAGCAACUUAGGCAAAAUAAGGCUGGCAGCAGUGGCUAUGCAGUAUCAAUUCAGGAAAACCAAUUCAAAAACGGAAAAAGCGAAAAAGAAUUAGGUUCCAUAGACAAAAGAUUCACGUGGCUUCAAGAAAACGACUUAGAGAACAACUCUUACAGCAGCAACAGCAGCACCUUGGAUAAUGUAUUACAGCCAUCCCUUCAUUCUCUGCCACAUGGUAUUUUGUUGUCUCAGUAUGAAAUACAACUUUGUUCUUCAUUAAAUUUGGAACCUGUGCAGUAUACGACACUGAAAACGCUCAUUAUUCAGGAUCAUUUGGUGUCUAACAGAACAAAACCUACCGACUCUGAAUCCAGCUCAACUGAUGUCAGCAUUCGGGAAGCAGUGACUCAAUAUUUAAGUAUGAGUGGUUGGCUCCCGGGGGUGGUUGUUUGAUCUCAUUUGUUUAAUUGUAGUUUCAUGCAUUUUCAUUGUUAAUUAUUUAUAAUUUGCUUUGCAUAUCUGUACAGUAGUUAUCAUUUUUGGUAUUUUUAUAGAAAAAUGCGGGUCUGUAGCUUUUAUGUUUUUAAUGGAUCCCCAUACGCGCUAUCGAUCAAAUUUACUUAGUACUGUAUAUAAAUAAAUAAUUUGUGAUAAAUAGGUAAAAUAGCGUUUUGAUUAUAUUUCUAACGUGAGAUGUAAAUUAGUAAGCAUUCUUUUUUGUACUGGCACAUGUUAAAUAAUAGGUAGUAUUAGUGCUAUUCCAUAAAACCGUUGUAUUUCAUAUUUUGAGAAAAUGUUUUAUAUUUUAAUUUAUUAAUGAACAUUUUUCAAUCAUUAGUUUAAAUGCUGAUACCUUUUUUUGGUAGUAGUUUUUAGUAUAGGAACAAUAUUGCACAGAAAUUUAGGGUGACUUAUUAUGCUUUCGUGUCUUCAAAGACAAACUCACAUUGUAAAUAUCAGUUUCCUUUAAAUUCUUUUAGUUAGGAAUGUAAAAUAUUGUUAAAUUGAUAUUAAAGAUUGAAAGUGGUUGAA